GACUCUGACUCUGUGGUGAACUCUGACCCCACCACAACCUUUACCACCACUCCCCCCACCUGCAGGCCCUCACUGUGCUGGCUGUCAAUGGAACCCUUUGGAUCCCCAGGAGUGGUGGUGACGUGAUGGGAUCGAGGUCCAGCGGCAGACAGGACAGCUCAGGGGGCGUGUCAUCGCUGUGCUCUGCCCCCCUGGAACUUCCUCUUACGGGACCCUGGAGGAGGCCGCACUGGUGGCAAAGGACACGGUUGUGUGUGGCUUUCGCAAUGAAAAUAGGGCCUGGUGCCUGUGUGUCUGGCGGGGCUGGGGCCCCCGUGAGCUAGAGGUCUUCUACCAGUCCUACGAGGAGCUGGGGAGGCUGGAGACUAGCAUGAGGAAAAGAAGGUAGCGUUGUACAGCACGGCCCAGUGUCUCGGGCAGAGGCUAGCAGUCACAGAAUCAUAGCUCUCUGUGGGAGAGAGAAGAGAGAGGAGGGGGAGAGAAGAGAGAGAGAGUGUGUCGAGAGACCUCGGCCAGGGGAGUA